AUGACAUUGGUUUCCACCAAAUCGCCUGUUGGGAGCAGCACCUCUGCGUUCUCGCGAACGUCAACGGCAUGGGAUAACCGAUUGAAGACUUUCGUUUACAUCCUCGCAGCGGCCGGCAUCGCUUUGGCGCUCUGGUUCGCCACGUUCGAAGCCGCCACACUCCUUUUGCAUCCCAAAUUUUACGCCUCGCGAUAUCUCGGUGUUCACAUACUUCGUUUCACGCGGGAAGUGCGGCGGAGUUCAGCGGGAAGACGGGUGGAAACAGCAGGUACAGACUGGCGGCCUGUUCCAGACCGACACGUGGCGGAGAAGGCAGUAACCAUGUCCGUGCUAUCGCUGCCGCAUAAUCCUCUCACGAAUCGCAAGAGAACCGCCAAAUUAGCGCUACUGUUUUUAACGGAUCAGGGCCUCCUGCCUCUAAAGCGCGUAUGGGAUCGGUUCUUACAGGCGGAGCUCAAAGGCUCGGUGGAGCUCGAGGGCGACAACAGCAAUUUCUCCGUCUACGUGCACACGGGCGGCACUGAGAUGCGCUAUAACGCGGACGAAGGCCGGUUCCUUCGACGAAACGACAUCCCCAUGUCCCUUCCUCCCCGCACGUUCCUUGCUCCCCGCGUGUCCCUUCCUCCCCGCACGCCCCUUGCUCCCCGCGCGCCCGUUCCUCUUCGCGCGGCUCUUUCUCUCAGGGCGUUUCUUCCGCUCCGCGCGUCGCUUCGUUUCGGCGUGUCUCUUUCUCAUCGUCGUCUCCUCCCUUUCGUGUUCUCCCACCACUUUUCUUGUCUGCCUCACCCACCUUCUCCCCAUCUUCCCAUCCCUCCUUUCCGCCACUUCCUCCCACAGGUGCAAGAGGGCGCGAUAACGGCGGUGGACGCGCAGAGGCGGCUGCUGGCAUGGGCGCUGCUGGACCGCGACAACCACUUCUUCCUCUUCCUCCACCACACCGCCAUCCCCAUCCAGAGCUUCAGCCGCAUCUACUCGUCGUUGCUGCACUCGCGCCACUCCUUCGUCGCCAUGGCGAACGAUCCGACAGCAUAUCCGCGCGGGCUUGCUCCACUCGUUCCGCAGCACAAGUUUGCGCGGAGCUCCAAGUGGGUGGCGGUGAACCGACCGCAUGCAACGGCCAUCGUGGCAGACAGCAUGUUCUACCGCGCCUUCAAGCUGCACUGCCCCGGCACGGCAGCAGUGUCUAGCGGGAGCAACAGUGGGGCGCCCUCCACCUCGUCGCCAGCAGCGCACACACCACCAGCAGCACCAGCGUGCCGGCCUGACGAACACUACAUCGCUACUUUCCUCAGGACAGUAGACCCCGAUGGAGUGGCCAACUUCACCAUCACCCACGAGCCGCACAUGGCUACCGCUGCUGCUGUGCACGCUCACAUGCGGGAACAGGCCCUGCAGCGCACGCGCAAGCGGCGGCGGCAGCAGCGGCGGGAGGAGGGCGCCAUGAGGCGCGCAGGAGCAGAGGAGGGUCAGGGGGGGGAUGGUGAGGUGUGGCAGGGGCGGAGGGAGAUGCUUGAGCGGGUGGGGGAGUGGGAGGAGGUGGAGUAUGGUGCUGUAAACAUCACUUCGAGGUUCAUCCAGGACAUGCAAGAGGCCACGACAUAUUUCCAUAAGAUUGCAGAUUCUGUUAUUAGCCCCACAACCUGUAGAUGGAAUGGCCAACCCAAGCCAUGCUUCAUGUUUGCUCGGCCGUUUCGACCAGACUCUGCAGAUGAGAUCAUGAGCAUUUUACCAAAUGUCCUCCAUUAUUGA